GUAAUAUCUUCUUACACCAUAGAGGGGAUAGAGAAUAGAGGGAGAAACAAAGAGAGAGGAAGACGGAUUACUUACUACGGAGAGGCGUUGAGUUCAGAAGACAAAGGCUCUGGUUACUCAGGGCUUGUGUCAUGGCAGAAAGAGAUAUUAAUUGUGAAGGUCGGAAAAGGCAUACAAAUAGGGUUAGAGAUUUGGACAAAGGCAAGGCUAUAGAAGAUCAAAAUAUAAGACCACCUUCAGAGCAUGAUCAGGGUCCUUCGACCACUUCAAGGAGCUCUGAUAUUCAGUGCAAUUAUCUUACAUACAUAUGCUUUCAACCUAAUGGACACUGGAGACUCCUUACAGUCCCAUUUCUAUCUCACGAGAACUCAAACCUCGUGGGAUAUGGAGUUCAGAUUGGAAUGAAUGAUUUUCUACUGAUUUCCCCAACACCUGUUGGUUCACCCAGGGCUCGUCAACAAAAAGAGCAGAGGGGUUCUCGUCAUCAUGAUGCCUCUUCAUCUGCUGAGUCUUCAACAAGCAGAAACUCCUCUGAAUUGGACACGAAUUGUCAAUCUGCAAGCCAGUCCCUGGCUAACAAGGCCACUACGUCUAAUGAAGCUUCUUGCAGUGACACUGUCGGUAAGAUCUCAAAUGAAUUUGAUGCCGUUAAUUCAUCUGAAGCAUUAAUUGAUAGAUCCAAGGCAGAGAAGAAUGCGAGAAGAAAUGCAAAAAAGAAGGCACGGAGGAAGGAAAAGCGAAAGGAGAAACUUUCAAUGGGUAAUACUGGCUCUACUGAGCUUGAAGUUUUGUCUGAGGAAUGCGCACCUGAAAGUUCGACAUCUGAAACAUGUACUAACAAUGAUAUGAAUUGUGGAGAUGGACCUGUUUCGCAAGAAACUACCCCAGUUGAUCAGUUGCCCGAUUUUCAGAUUAAUGAAAAUGACUCUGGGGGAGACAGUAACAGCCUCAUAACUGACUGUUCUGAAACAUCAGAACAUCCCAUGUCCCAUUCUGAAGAUGGAAUUCAAACCAGAUAUCUGGGGUUUUCCAUUUUGAAAGGACCAGAGGAGAAACAUGAUGAACAACUCUAUUGUUGUGAUGAUAUGUCCGCAAAGGGUGUCUUUGAUAUGCCUGACUGUGUCAUACUAGACUCAGUUUCUGCUGGCCAUGAAGCCAUUACGGAAGCUGGUUAUGAUGUAAAUCGAUCUAACUUAGAAAGUAAUUGUGUUAGCCUUUCCCAAGAAAUCUGUCAUACUGGAAUAAAGGAGUGCUUUUCUGACCAGAGUUCACUAAAUGGUGUUGUAACAAAGUUUCAGACUCAGGAGUGUAGCAGCAGUGACAUGCAACCGGUUGUGCCAGGAAAGAGAGACAAACAAGCAAAAAUGCUUCCCCAGAAUGGCCAAGAAAGGAAGGAAAACAAUCCUUCUGUGUGGCAAAAAGUUCAGAGAGAUGGGGUAUCAAAAUGUGAAGAUAAAAGUGAAUCAAAAGCUGAGGAUUCUAGGAGAUCGAAUCUGGGUGAAGAACAAUCUGCAGUUCACAGUCAUACUCUUUCUGGAUGCAGCAAGCAAGAGCUCGGUUCUUCAUCUAUUAUCAAGAAAUCAAUACCCAUGGAGAAAGAUCCUAGAUUGAAAAUUUUGAGUAGAUUUGAGAGAUCGAUAUUGGCACAUGGUGAUGAACCAACUGCUGAAGCUUGGAGUACUCAAAACAACUUUGCUGGAGAAAAAUCAUCUUCUGAUUCUCACAAGCUUACUGUUCCGAAAAAGUCUGAAUUAAUGUGUGGGGCACAUGGUUUUGGAGCUGAUUCAAGCAAGAUUUCAGGAGCAUUAAAUGAUUCGUAUAGAGCACAACAACAAUCUGAGGCUCUUCAACUGGCCACAGGCAGUCCAAUUGCUGAAUUUGAGAGACUCAUCAGUGCAGCAACUCCGGCUAUCUGCCAGUGGAACAAGGUUAGAAUUUGUUCAACUUGCUCUCAUGAAGUCAACCAACCUUUAUGCAGAAAUGAGAUACCGAAAUUCUCUCUGAGACACCUCUGGAAGUGGUAUGAGAAGCACGGCAGCUAUGGGUUGGAAGUUUCAUCAGAGGAAUUCAGUUACUCAAAGAGAACAGGUUUCCAUCACUCAGCUUUUCGUGCUUACUUCGUCCCUUCCCUGUCUGCCAUCCAACUGUUUAAAAUACCCAAGAGUCAUGCGGCAGAGAAGGAUGAUAGAAUUCCUAGGCCCGGGGCUUCAAGGGCAUUUGAAAUGGUUGAAAAUCAUCUGCCUAGUUCACGAGUACCAUCUGUACCUGUCGAUGCGAAAGUAGCUGAGGAUCCAGAGCUAAUUUUCGAGUAUUUGGAGUCUGAUCAACCCCAAUUAAGACCACCUCUGUAUGAGAAGAUCAAGGCGCUGAUUGGAGAGGGUGAACUUUCGCCAAACAAAAUGUAUGGUGAUCCUAGAAAGUUAGACUCCAUGAAACUAAAUAAACUCCAUCCCCGAUCCUGGUACUCGGUGGCAUGGUAUCCUAUUUAUAGGAUACCAAAUGGCGAACACCGUGCUUCGUUUUUGACCUAUCACUCAUUCAGCCAUCUGGUUUGUAGGAGCUCCACUUUUGGCUCCAAGAGAAUGGACGGUUGUAUGGUUUCUCCCGUUGUUGGUCUUCAAAGUUACAAUGCUCAGCGUUGGUUCCUUUUGAAACAAUUUGGGCUGAGCCAGGCAGGAGAAACUCCAAAAUUAAACCCUGCUGAAAUUCUGGGAGACCGAGUGCAGACACUAGAGCGGGCAGCAUCUGUUUUGGCAAGAGGAGAAGUUAGCAAGGGGAAUCUGAAGUUUGUGAACAGACAUCCAGACCAUGAGUUCUUUCUCUCCAGGCGACGGUGAUGCAUUCAGGAUAUGCAAUCUGAAGUUUCUUUUUUCCUUCUGUUUUUUGGCCAACCCUUUAGGCACAGUUGAUAGAACCUAACCUUUAAUAGGAGCUAAAAGGUGUGCCAUUCUGUUUCCUUUUUUUGUUGUCUUUCUGAACUUUUGAGAUGAAAUUCUCCUUCUGUGAGGAGUUCUGCAUGUGGAUGCUCCUGUAUCUUCCUUUGAAGUAGACUUCUGAGAGAUUUAGAACUGCUGAUAUUGGUUCAGCAGUAUUUGGGAUGUUGUAGUUAAUGCUUUAACCUCAGUUUAUGUCUUAUUCCAAAGCCUUUUUCUGUUGAAUUGUA